CCAAAGUGACAUAGUUAGAUGUAUAUGUUAUCUCAGUUCUAUCUAUCGACAAUAGAAAGUUGUAUAUGUUACAUAUCAUAUGUUAUACAUGCAUGUCAGUUCUAUCGAUAUACUACAUCUUGAAGUACAUAAAAUCCCGUAGAAUUUAUGUUCGCUCUAUUACAGUACUCGAUAAUUUUUUUCAAAGGCAUGAUUUUUUUUCGAUUCUUAACGAUGUUCCAAAGACUUUUAAAAUUUGAUUCCAGAUAUUAAUUACCAGUAUUAAAAACGGAUAUACCCUACGGGUUCAUGAUGCGCGUGCUGCAUUCAGUGGCGCCGGCUGGUUGUCCCGUAAUAUAGAAGGGAUCGUUGCUUAAAUUGAUUAACGGAAUUCUACCAAACGAAACGCUUGAAGCGAUCAUAUACAUAGUAUAUCGAAUCAGCAGAUAGUUACAAACCGCAAUUGUAAUUAAGUCAAAAUAUAAGGUUAUUACAUCAGCACUGCAUAAUGUUCGAAGGUUUGAGGAAGCGUGAAAUGAAUAUUCAGACGGUUACGAAAUGCGCAUACAUAAUGUUAAUUUAGCGUUGUAAAAAAAAUAGAAGGUCAACAUUGAUGAAGAAAUUACUGGAAUGGUGAAAAAAAGUGCUCGUGUUAGAAACAAAAAUGCUGACGGUGAUGCUGGCGAGGAAUGUGAGGAUUUGAGUGUAAAAUCUAGCCAAGAAACCCUGGAUAUGUUGGUUCAAUGAUCACGUAAUUACUUUUCCUGUCAUGAAAUGACAGCCCAUGGGAUUUCCUGUCAAACUAUAAUAGUGCUGUCGUACGAAGUUCAAGAGUAUCACGACUUAAGAACAUAAGUUCUGGUGGAUACUAGUUUGUGUCAAUCAUUCCUUUGUUAUGUUUUGCACUUAAAACCUUUAGGUCUGUUCACACGAUCCAAUUUCGUUGGAUCCAAUUCACUUAAUUCUGACGUAUAGAAUGUAGUCUGUUAUCGAUAAACAUUACUGCAUUGGCCUCAGUGCAUUUGCUGCCACAAACAUCAUAAGACAACAGACUAUCUCAAAUGGUUAUCUCAGAAUAUCUCAGGCUUGCUGAUUUUUUGUCUUAGAAAUUUUUGUCAAAUCUUUUUAUAUUGUGAAAUAUUUGCCGUCAAGUGAUACGAUAAUAGCGAGCUUACUCUUUUUAAAAUCGGGAGAUCGAGAGAAGGGACUUAAAAUGUUUACGUUUUACUGAAGUUAAAAAGUAAAAAUUAUUUUCUUCUGCACCUUCUGGUUUAUUUCCCCUCAAGAAAAAUUCGUGACCAUGACGGCGCCACUGACUGUAUGCAUCAUCAGCUACAUGAUAGGACUGAACAAAGACGCUUUUUCAAUGGCCAUAGUAAUUUGCAUCGAGGAUGUACGUGUCAGUGAGCAUAGCAGUAAUAACAACUCCUUGAUAGUCAGUAAUCAAUUCAGAUGCAUCGUUUAAACGGUAGAGCGCAAAAGCCGCGACAUUAUAGUUGGAUCUUGAAAUCAAAUUUUAUCAUCACCUCUAAGGGUCGGUAAAAACUCCCAAACCUAAUAUGUGGCUGCUACAGUUAUCAUGGAUUAUUUAUGGGUUACAGUUCGUAAACAGCAUGGGUUGGAAAAAUUAUGGAUUUGAGAUAUUCGCCGAGAAAUUUGGUAAAGAGGAGCUUGAGAAGCGAAUAAAAGAUGAACACACGCCACCACAAAAUGCCACUAUGUUUGGUGGACUUAAAUUGAAAUUAACGACAGAAAAAUUCAAGACUUUAUUCACCAUUGCCACAACCUUAAAGGGAUUCCGUAGAGCUACCCACACUGUUGGUACUGGCGGAAUUGGAGAAAUAAAAAUCGUUGAUGAUCCGAAAUUUCCUGAACACGAAUUCUUUAGAGCUGGUCGAAAAUUCCCUGCCAGAUUACGUCAUGCAAACCUCAAGUUCCCGGAUGAUGCUGGUGCAGAUGCGAGAUCGUUCUCGAUCAAGUUUGCUGACAGUGAUAGCGAGAGUCCAAUGGAUAUAGUUAUGAACUCUGGUGAAGCUAAUGUAUUUUGGGACACUUCAAGUUUAGAGGAUUUUGUUCCUAUGGACGAAGGGGAAGCGGGUAAAGAAUAUGUUUACAAGAAUCCUUAUUAUUAUUACAAUCUGGUCGAGGCCCUGAGACGAGCUCCUGAAACCUUUGCUCAUCUCUACUACUAUUCUCAACUUACGAUGCAUUUUAAAGCAAAGGAUGGUAAAGUUCGUUAUUGCAGAUAUCGUGCUCUUCCUGGAGAUGUUGAUAUCAAAGAAGAAGAUGAGAGUGGAAGAUUAACAGAGGAAGAACAAAGAAAAAUUUGGAUUUUCAGUCGCCUUGCUGAUGAGAAUCGACCAACCGACUAUUUACGCCAAGAGUACGUCGAUCGUCUUUCCAAAGGCCCAGUAAAUUAUCGCUUGCAAAUUCAAAUACAUGAAGCAUCUCCAAAAGACACUGCAACCGUCAACCACGCUGGUAUAAUGUGGGACAAGGAAACACACCCAUGGUUUGAUCUUGCUACUGUCACAAUCAAGACACCAUUGUCACCAGAUGUCUUGGAAAGAACGGGUUUCAAUAUUGUCAACCAACCUGAAUCGUUAGGAUUACUCGAUGCUAUUUCACCUGAAGAUUACAACAGUAUCGGACAUAUUCGAGUUGCUGUGUACUCUCACGUUCAGCAUCUUCGUAAACUGAAGUUUGGAUCUGUGACUCGAGCUGAUCAAAACGCUGAUUACACUAUCGAGGUUGAAACUGGAGACAGGAAGAAUGCCGGGACGGAUGCUACAAUCACCAUUAGAAUAACAGGUAUGAAAGGUCGAACAGAUUACCUGAAGCUGGACAAAUGGCUCCAUAAUGAUUUCGAGGCAGGAAGUAAAGAGAAAUAUGAAGUGAAAGCAUUCGAUGUUGGUGACAUUCAACUCAUUGAACUUCAUUCUGAUGGAGGAGGAUACUACUGGAGAGACGAUCCAGAUUGGUUUGUGAACAGGGUAAAAGUUUCGAGCUCCAGUCAAGACCGUGUCUACUCUUUCCCAUGCUUCAGAUGGAUAACCAAGGAUAUUGUACUAUUUCCUCGUAAAGAUAAUAAAGAAGCGAAAUGAGAAAUUGGAACUUGCAGUCUUCUUUACAUCUAUCUUCUUUCUGAACGUGUUCCUAAUGGAACUUCAAUCUAGUUUCAACUGGAUAUGACAUUUUUACAAUAUCAUAUGUAGAAUUAGGUUUUAAUUUUUCACCUAGUGAAGUAUAAAUUUUAUGUUUUAAUAAUUAAUUUUAGUGUGAUGAUUGUUCUAUUCAUUCGUUUAAUUCAAUUAAAAAAC